UAAUUAGUAGAACCGACCUUGGGUACACAACAAGCUAAAACGUUGAUUUCAUCAUUCGGUACCACGUGGCUCCAAAUUCUCAGUCUUAGAAAGGACAAAAUUGAACGGAUGGUUAAUAUUCAGUAAGGAAACGUGUAUAUUUAAAUCGCUGUGAGGAAAAGACGGAUAAAAAGAACAAAACAUGGCUUCAAACGAACGAUAUGAUUCGGUACCAUUGGAAAUGAAAGACAGAUCGCAAAACUCGAGUGAAUCAUCGGACCAAGAAAAAGAUGGAACGGUUAACUUGAAACAAAAAAUCACACUACUAAAUGGUGUAACGGUAAUAGUUGGUAGUAUAAUAGGGUCGGGUAUUUUUGUGAGUCCUAAGGGAGUUUUACAGGACGCUGGAAGCGUAGGACUUUCACUCAUUAUCUGGGUGUUGUGUGGACUCUUUUCAAUGGUAGGGGCUUACUGUUAUUCUGAAUUGGGUACAUCUAUUCGUCGAUCGGGGGCUGAUUAUGCAUACAUGUAUGAAGCAUUUGGACCUGUGGUGGCAUUUUUAAGACUUUGGAUUGAGUGUAUGAUUGUGAGACCUUGUUCUCAGGCAAUUGUGGCACUCACUUUUGCCUAUUACGUCAUUGAACCACUAUUUCCCGAUUGUGAGCAGCCUUUAAUUGCCGUUCGAUUACUAGCAGCAGUUUGUAUAUUAAUUUUGAUGUUCGUCAAUUGUAUGAGUGUACGUUGGGCCACUCGAGUACAAGAUGUGUUCACUUAUGCCAAAGUCCUUGCCCUUGUUCUCAUCAUCGUUACCGGAUUUGUACAGCUUGGGAGAGGAGAAGUGGAGAAUUUCCAGAACCCCUGGGAACACACACAGACUGACAUUACAAAAAUUGCUCUAUCAUUCUACUCUGGCCUGUUUGCCUAUAAUGGCUGGAACUACCUGAACUUUGUGAUUGAAGAACUGAAGGAGCCCAAAAAGAACCUUCCCAAGGCUAUCUGGAUCUCCAUCAUUCUGGUAACGGUUGUUUAUGUCCUGUCCAAUGUAGCUUACUUUACUACAGUGAGUCGAGAGGAGACCCUCAGUGGUGCUGCUGUUGCUGUGAUGUUCUCCAAGCGGCUUUAUGGUGUUAUGUGGUGGGUCAUGCCUGUAUUUGUAUCACUAUCCACAUUUGGAGGUGUAAAUGGCAUCCUUUUUACUACCGCCAGACUCUUCUAUGUUGGAGGUCGGGAAGGUCACAUGCCCCAGAUUCUCAGUAUGGUUCAGAUUCAGAGACUGACUCCUAUGCCUGCUGUACUCUUCAUGGGCCUGACUUCACUAUUAUACCUAGUGUCUGCGGACAUGUUUGCCCUCAUCAAGUAUGUCAGCUUCGUCAAUUGGAUGUCCAUCGGGCUGUCCGUCGUGGUACUCCUUUACUUUCGCAAAACACGGCCCAACAUGGAUAGGCCAAUUAAGGUCCAUUUAUUCUGGCCUAUCCUGUAUGUUACCAUCACUUUCUUUCUCGUCCUUCUUCCAAUAAUUGCUAGUCCAGUAGAAACAGGUUUUGGAAUGCUCAUCAUAGCCAGUGGUGUCCCUGUAUAUAUCAUAUUUGUCUACUGGGAAAGCAAACCAAAAUCUUUUUAUGAAUUCUUAGACAAGGCUACCUUGGCUCUACAGAAGUUCUUCAUGGUCAUACCAGAAGAAUCUGCCUCCAAAGAAGAGUAACACUGUGAUUAGGGAAAUAAAACUGUCAGCUGUUUGCAGACACUUGAACGGUAUCAGCGACUCUUGAGCCGUAUCGGGUGAUUUCUUAUGUUGGGAGACCAGCACAGAGCAUGGGACACAACAUUAUUAGUUGACACCAAAACACAACAGAUAUCCUUCAUAAUGCUGGUCUAACUCCAGUGGACAGGCACACAUAUUUAUUGGAUUCUAACAUUUUUGUGGGAUUUAAAAUUAUUUUGUAUUUUUAUCGGGCAAGGUAUUUGGUUAUAUGUUAGUCAUUAGAAUUGUGUAAAAAAAAAGGUAUCAUUCCUGUAUCUUGGUUGAGCCAGGUCAGGCAGUUCAGUUCAAGCAUAUUUCUUAUUUUUAUGUCAUCUGACCUGAAGGUUCAGGAUGACCUAUAUCCAUCGCACAUCGUCUGUCGUCAUCUGCCCUUCGCUCUGCUCAGUGAACUUUUCACAUUUCAAACUUCUUCUCAAGAUCAACCAGUGCGAUUCAGCUCUAACUUACUUGAAAUGAUCCUGAGCUGGUCCUGACCAAGUGUUGUUAUUUUUUGGGUACUAAAAUAUAGUACAAGGGUCUUUAGAGUAAAAUGAGUUAAGGCCCAUGGGCCUCUUGUUUUGUUUAUGUGAACAAACUGUUUUAUGUGUAACUGGUGAUAAGCUCUCGGAUUUAAACCCACACUCAGUUGCAAAUAUUCCUCAAUAAAGGACGAAAUUCAGAAUAAAAGCUUGUGUCUUUUGUAAUUAAAAAAAACAACUUAGUCUAGUGAAAUAAAUUCCAUAUCCAACAACCACUCAUUGUGUAACUUCUGUAUAUCUGAUACCGCUAUCCUAAUGAACGAUGUGUAUGAGAAUAACUUGCCAUAUAAAAAUCUGAAUAGUAGUCCAUAAAUAAUCACAAAAAUUGAGUCCAACAAGACAAGCAAUCAUGAAUCAAGGUUCUGUUCUUCAACCACAUGUUUGAAUUUCUCCAGAUCGAAGGGUUGUGUACAUUCCCAUCUCCUUCACCUCUUUUAGGCCUAGAUUUUAACACUGCCAAAACGGCACAACAACACCAGAUAUAAUGUCUCUCACAGCUUGAAGCAAUAUAAAAAUGUAAAAAAAUCACAGCAAAGAUAUUAAUUUUAGAUAUAUGUCAGGAGCCUGUUUUAAAGAUAUAUUUCGGGAGCCUGUUGUAUAGGUGUAUGUCGGGAGCCUGUUUUAUAGAUAUAUGUCAGGAGCCUGUUGUAUAGGUAUAUGUCGGGAGCCCGUUGUAUUGAUAUAUGUCGGGAGCCCGUUGUAUAGAUAUAUGUCGGGAGCCCGUUGUAUUGAUAUAUGUCGGGAGCCUGCUUUAUAGAUAUAUGUUGGGAGCCUGUUUUAUAGAUAUAUGUCGGGAGCCUGUUUUAUAGAUAUGUCGGGAGCCUGUUUUAUAGAUAUAUGUCGGGAGCCUGUUUUAUAGGUGUAUGUCGGGAGCCUGUUUUAUAGGUGUAUGUCGGGAGCCUGUUUUAUAGAUAUAUGUCGGGAGCCCGUUGUAUAGAUGUAUGUCGGGAGCCCGUUGUAUAGAUAUAUGUCGGGAGCCUGUUUUAUAGAUAUAUGUCGGGAGCCUGCUUUAUAGAUAUAUGUCGGGAGCCUGUUUUAUAGAUAUAUGUCGGGAGCCUGUUUUAUAGAUAUGUCGGGAGCCCGUUGUAUAGAUAUAUGUCGGGAGCCUGCUUUAUAGAUAUAUGUCGGGAGCCUGUUGUAUAGAUAUAUGUCGGGAGCCUGUUUUAUAGAUAUAUGUUGGGGGCCUGUUUUAUAGAUAUAUGUCGGGGGCCUGUUUUAUAGUUAUAUGUCAGGAGCCUGUUUUAUAGAUAUAUGUCGGGAGUCUGUUUUAUAGAUAUAUGUUGGGGGCCUGUUUUAUAGUUAUAUGUCGGGAGCCUGUUUUAUAGAUAUAUGUUGGGAGCCUGUUUUAUAGUUAUAUGUCGGGAGCCUGUUUUAUAGAUAUAUGUCGGGAGUCUGUUUUAUAGAUAUAUGUGGGGAGCCCGUUUUAUAGUUAUAUGUCGGGAGCCUGUUGUAUAGAUAUAUGUCAGGAGCCUGAAUAAAGAUAUAUGUCGGGAGCCCAUUGUAUAGAUAUAUGUCGGGAGCCUGUUAUAUAGGUAUAUGUCGGGAGCCUGUUUUAUAGAUAUAUGUCGGGAGCCUGUUUUAUAGAUAUAUGUCGGGAGCCUGUUUUAUAGAUAUAUGUGGGGAGCCUGUUAUAUAGGUAUAUGUCGGGAGCCCGAAUAUAGAUAUAUGUCGGGAGCCCGUUUCCUGACUUACAGCAUGUUACUGUAUGUUUUGUAGAGCUUUAAUACCUGUAUUUCACACUGAAGACAUUCAUGCACUUUCCUAGAUCACUUACUUGAAAAGUCUCACUGUGGAGAUUUCUUCAAAUGAGAUGAUUCCCUUUUUCACAUUUUGAAAGUUUUCUCGACUUCAAUGCUUUCCAUAUUAGUGUGAUAUGAUGUAUUUUUACAGGUGCUUCUUUUACAAUGUGAUGAUUAUGUUAUAAAAACUGAAUGUGAUUUACUACAUUAAGGUGUACUGUGAAGUCAUAUCAUGUUAUAAAAACUGAAUGUGAUUUACUACAUUAAGGUGUACUGUGAAGUCAUAUCAUGUUAUAAAAACUGAAUGUGAUUUACUUCAUUAAGGUGUACUGUGAAGUCAUAUCAUGCUAUACAAACUGAAUGUGAUUGACUACAUUAAGGUGUACUGUGAAGUCAUAUCAUGCUAUACAAACUGAAUGUGAUUGACUACAUUAAGGUGUACUGUGAAGUCAUAUCAUGUUAUAAAAACUGAAUGUGAUUUACUACAUUAAGGUGUACUGUGAAGUCAUUCCUCUGAACAUGUAUUACUGAAAGUGCUUUGCAGAUGUCGGAAGACUUGUACUUGACAAUGUCAUCCUUUAUCUCCAAACACAACACUAUAAUAUUAACUGUGGCAGCUCCCUGACAGUACAUCUCUCCUAAUCAUAUUUAUUUUACAUGCAUUUAAAAAGCAUGAUAUUAAUCACAGACAUAAUUCAUGGGUUACAUUAAGAUGUUAAUCACACUAAUAUUGUUGUUUUUUUUGUUUCCCAUUAACUAUAAAAUGUGUACCCCAAUUUAUCCAUGAGCAUAUUAGAAUUUGCUUAAUUGUCACUACACCAAUAAAUAUACAUAUACAUUAUUUAAAACAUUAUUAUGAGCUCUCCAAUGAUACCAGAAGUCAGUCUAUGGCAUUAAAACCCAGUAGACAUUAUAGAUGAACAGGAUACUUUAAUCAUGUAAGUUAUAUAUUCCCCAGAAACAUUUUGACAUGUUAUCUGUCAGGGAACUAGUAAGAUCUCCACCAAUAAUUUCCCAUAUCAUAAUUAACAAUACAGCAUAUCAUUUAUGGGAUGAAGAGUGAUCAGGGUAUCGGUACAUUGGUGAUGUCAUCUUGAAGGUAUCCUUCAAACAAAAACUUCUCGAAAAAAUCACAUGAUGUACAAUGUGUUAUUUGUUUAUACUAUAAUGGGUAAAAAUAUUUAUUUUCAGUCAAAUAUGUUGCAUAUAAUUUAGAUAAACUUGAUGUAGUCAGUAUUUAUGAUAUACUGUAGUGUAGCUAGAUUUUGUUGUCAUUUUUAGAUCAGUUUUAGAUUGAUUUCAUUUGUCAUAUACAAUAUUGUGGGUGAUGAAACCGGAGGUCAUAAUAAUACCUAUCAUUUGUAUAACACUAUAUAUAUCAACAAGCCUAGAUUGGUAAAAGAAAAGGUAAAAAUAAGACAUUUUCUGCACAGCUAAAAUAUACCCAAAAUGCCCAAUCAUUUGUACAUUUUUAAAACUAGAAGCAUCUUCAUAGGGUCAUUUAACAGAAAAGACAAUCUUUGUUUUUCAUUUAAGAACAGCGAUCUAAUAGCAGUUAGUUGUCUGUUAGCUGCAUGGUCAGUAAAGGCAGGGAAAGUUUAAGAGAUUCCACACACUGAAACAUUUUCAUAUUUGAAAAUUUUUUUUUUUUAAGAUUUUUGUUAUUAGUGAUAUCACAUGUCGGUAUUUCUCUUACCAUCAAAAGUAUAAAACUUGCCUCAUUAUUUAUAAACAGAUUUGCACAUUAACUGGAAUGAAGAUACACAGAAGCAGAUAUUAUCACAUCAUUUUCUAUUGUCAGAGAUGUUUAGUUGCCUGGGUCGAUGGUAACAUCAGACUUAGUGCUUAUUUUUAUUUGUUCAUAUUGUGUCUGGUUUAUCUGAUGGGUGUCAUAUAUGUUGAAAACUAUUUAUGGAAAUCUGGAAAGUACUGACAUGAGCUUAUGUUGUAUAUAUCUAAUGUGGGAUGGAUUUCUGUAUGAAGAUGCCAACAGAUCAUUGUCCUCAUGUUUCUUGAUGACUGUUGAUUCAAAUUUU